AUGGCGCCUAUCCGCAUCUGCAUCAUCGGGCUCGCCGCCACCUCCAGCGCGGGUUACAAGACAGGCGAAUGGGGAAUUCAACAUUUAAACUCUCUUAAACUCUCUCCCCACUAUCAAGUUGUCGGUAUUUGCAAUUCCUCACUCGCCUCCUCUCAAAAGUCCAUCGAGUCGCACAAACUUGGCCCCGAUGUCAAGGCCUACGGCUCCCUCGAUGAGGUUGUUAGUGAUCCUGGCAUUGACAUGGUCUCCAUCGUUGUCGCCAUUGGCAAGCAUUACGAAUUGUUAAAGCCUGUGCUCCAGCAGAAGAAGAACGUUCUAGUGGAGUUUCCCAUCGCGCCGACACUUGCAGAGGUUGAGGAGUUGGCUGCUCUGGCCAAGAGUGCUGGGGUCAAGGCCCUCAGUGGCUCACAGGGCCGUACUCAUCCUGUAUUCCGACGUAUGAAGGACUUGAUCAAGUCUGGCGCCAUAGGCGACGUGGUGUUCUCUACCCUCAACGGCCAUAACUCCCUUAUAGCCGCGCUCAUGUGGCCAGAGUCGCAGUCAAUUCUUCUAAACAUCGACUCUGGCAUCAGCCGCUUGCAUCUAGUUGUCGGGCACAUUUUGGACACUCAUUUGAGUAUCCUCGGGGACUUCAAGGAUAUCCAGUCGACCUUCAAGAUCCAAAACAAAAAGACCAAACUUGUGGAUCACGAAGGCAACACCACCAAAGAGAAUUUUGACAUCACGGCUCCAGACACAAUUCUUCUCCAAGGAGUCUUGGAAAGUGGUGCCGUAACAUCAGUGACGAUGCGCACGUCCACUGAACCAGUCGACAACACCGGCUUCCGAUGGAUCAUUAGCGGGACUAAGGGCGAGUUUGAGUUGACUAGCGAUCCUGGCAUCUUCCACUGGGGACCUCCAGGUUUGAAACUGAAGUUGAGAGAAUUUGGGGGAGAAGCAAAGGAGAUUGACUUUAACUCGGGUGAACCGGAACAUUUGAGUCAGGUGUCUUACAUGGGACAAAAUGUAGCGAGGCUAUACGAGGCGUUCGCCAAGGGUGAAGAAGAUGGAUACGCCACCCUUGACGACGCAUUGAAAGUUCACAAGGCCUUGGAAGAAGCCAAGCUUCAUGCAGUCUGGGCAUGA